AUUAAUUAAAUUAACAAAAUGUCGCUACUAUGGAUGGGUGCUUUCAAAAUAUCAAUGAUAAUCGGAGUAACUUAUGUGGUUAUUACCAGAAAAAUUAGUAAUUUAAGAACUCUUACAGUCGAAGAAGUGUACAAAGAUCGCGACCAAUUCGCAGCCUUAGUACGCGAAGUAGCAGCUCCUGAUGUUGGUCGUAUGGGCAUCGAGAUACUGUCCUUUACCAUCAAGGACGUCUACGAUCACGUUCAAUAUUUGGCCUCACUUGGCAAAACACAAACCGCGAUUGUUAAACGCGAUGCGGACGCCGGCGUUGCCGAAGCCAAUCGUGAUGCAGGCAUACGCGAGGCAGAAUGUGAAAAGAGUGCCAUGGAUGUUAAAUAUUCUACAGAUACAAAAAUUGAAGAUAACACGCGUAUGUUCAAAUUGCAAAAGGCCAAUUUCGAUCAGGAAAUCAAUACAGCCAAGGCAGAGGCACAAUUGGCGUACGAACUGCAAGCAGCGAAAAUUCGCCAGAGAAUACGUAACGAAGAAAUACAAAUCGAAGUGGUUGAACGACGUAAACAAAUCGAAAUCGAAUCUCAAGAAGUACAACGUAAAGACCGUGAAUUGAUGGCAACUAUCAAAUUGCCAGCAGAAGCAGAAUCUUUUCGUGUACAAACCAUUGCGCAGGGCAAACAAUGUCAAACAAUUGAAACUGCUCGUGCUGAAGCUGAGAAAAUACGUAAAAUUGGUGCAGCUGAGGCCCACGCCAUUGAGUUGGUUGGUAAAGCUGAAGCUGAGCGUAUGCGUAUGAAAGCCCAUGUUUAUAAACAAUAUGGAGAUGCUGCCAUUAUGAAUAUUGUUCUAGAAUCAUUACCAAAGAUUGCUGCUGAAGUAGCUGCACCAUUAGCUAAAACGGAAGAAAUCGUGCUUAUUGGAGGCAACGAUAAUGUUACCAAUGACGUCACACGUCUGGUAGCACAAUUGCCACCUUCAAUAAAUGCAUUAACUGGUGUUGAUUUAUCGAAGGUGCUAGCCAAAAUACCCGGAGCCAAAGCGUGAGAUUUACCAAUAAAUGCAUAUUUACAGAAAGGCAACGUGACAAUGGCAAAUUGACAUAACAACCACAGAAUGGACAAUGGAAAUUAAUGGAAAAUGUAAACAAAAUAUUCAGUAGAAAACAAAAUCGUAAAAUCAAAAAUAAAAUAAAAGAAUAAAAGAACCUUAUCAAAAGAAAAAUGAAAGAAGGGAAGUAAGCAAAAUAAAUACUUAAAAAGAGCAGGUAACAGAAAUGCGUUUUGUUUUUAAAUGACAAAGCAAGAACUUAAAAAUCAAGUCAAGAACAACGACAGAAAUUGCAAAAAAAAAAAAACAAUAAAUAAAAAAAAACACAAAUUAAGUAAAACAAAGAAUGUAGUUCUUUAAUAUAUAAAAAUUUAUAAAUAAUUGAAAAAAAAACACACUUAACUUUAUGAGACAACUCUUCCAUAAAGCACGGUCAAAUGUAUGUAAAGCAACAAAUUAUACAAGAAGAAAAGUAGAAAAUGAUUUAUUAUUGAAUUUAGAGAA